AGUUUAGAGCCUAAUUUGGCAUGAUAUCAGAUCAUGUGAUAUUACAUGGCACAGUAUGAUGCAAGGGCAGAUUUAUCACGGUGUUGGGGACUUGUCUCCUUAUCAGUAACACGGAAUGGACGAGAUCUGCGAGGACCCAGUAUUCUGCUACCUAAACAUAUCGGGACACAUCUUCAAAACCCGGCACAGCACCCUGAAUCAGUUCCCUGGUACACUGCUGGGCUCUAAUGAGAAGGAAACUUACUACAACAAGGAGCGUAAUAUGUACUGCUUCUACAGAGACAGACAGUCUUUCGAUUCAAUUCUCUACUACUUUCAAUCAGGGGGAGUGCUCAGGAAACCCCCUAAUGUCAGCGAAGAGAUUUUCAACAGAGAAGUGGUCUUCUUCAAGAUCAGAAACCACAGAACCAAGAACGGGGUGAUGCAGUCCACCAACCCCAAAGUGAAGGGGCUAAAACGAAUACUCAGUCAGAAGCCCACAGAGUACAUGCACUAUCAGAAACUGUUGCGGAUACAGAUAAUAGACCUGGCCGUGACAAUACUGUUCGUGAUGGCGGUAGUGUGCGAGCAGAUCAUACAGCCCAAUGCUAGGGACCAAAACCCACAGGAGAGACUCCAACAGUUAUCAGGCUCGUGGAAGAACCUAGACACUCCUUUAAAAAUAAUAAUGUCAGUAGAGACGCUCUGCACUUUGUGGAUCACCACCUUUCUCAUCAUGAGGUUUUAUUGGUCAGAGGACAGGAAGAAGUUUGCAAAGUCGUUCAUGGCAAUAAUGGACGCAUUUGUGGUUCUGUCCUACUUCGUGACCCUGAUACUGUUUGAGCUAGAAGCGUACCUUGAAGAGCAGUCAGGAGGGGAGUACGACCAGCACAGGAUCUACAACAUCUACCGGGUCAUGGCCUGUCUCAGGAUGAUCAAACUAUUCAGAAUGGUACAUGUGUUUAACUUGGCCAGGUAUAACGCGCUAUUUUUCUCUCUUGGCAUGGCCGUCAAGAACAGCUUCUCGGAUCUCCUCGUCAUCUUCAUAUUCAUCUUCUUCUGCGUAGUGACUUAUGCCACCAUCAUGUUCUGGGUGGAGUUUGAUUUCCGCUUAGACCACCAUGGUGUUCCAAACUCUUCAUCAGACAAGAUAAUUUACACUCAGCUCAUAAACACCAUCGCAGACUCCACCAUCAGACACCUUGUCAAUACCACAGGGACCUAUUCUCUAGUGCUGGAUAACUGCACCAUAUUCCCCAACAUAAGGUUACUGGACCUCAGUCCAAACAGCACUUCAGUGAGGUUCAUGAGGAACAUUAUGACCAACACUUCCAGCUCCUACAACAUAUUCCUACAGCUGGAUGAGAACUGCUCUGUUGCUCUGAACAUGACAGAGGAUGCAGACAUGUCCGCCAAGUUUGAUAGUGUGUUUAGCUGUAUGUGGUGGAGUCUUGUUACCAUAACAACCGUGGGGUACGGUGACAUGGUGCCCACCUCAACUGUAGGUAAGGUGAUAGGAGCGUGCUGCGCUUGUAGCGGAGUCCCACUCAUUGCCAUCCCCCUGCCUAUCAUAUCACAGAAGUUCGACGUGUACUACAGGCGGUACUGUAAGAGAAUGGAGAGGAGGAACAACAAGGGGGAAACUGAGCGGCUCAGCUCAAAGUGGCAGAUGUAUCUUGACAGACCCUUCUUUGAUACUGAAGCGUACAUGAAGGACGUAGUGAAUGAUGCAGGACCAGCCUGGGCUGCCAAGUCUGCAAGGGCUGUUGAUGUGUAAUAGGCUACCAAGUCUGCCAGGGCUGUUGAUUGUAAUAGGCUACCAAGUCUGCCAGGACUGUUGAUGUGUAAUAGGCUACCAAGUCUGCCAAGGCUGUCGAUUGUAAUAUGCUACUAAGUCUGCCAGGGUUGUUGAUGUGUAAAAGGCUACCAAGUCUGCCAGGGUUGUUGAUUGUAAUAGGCUACCAAGUCUGCCAGGGUUGUUGAUUGUAAUAGGCUACCAAGUCUGCCAGGGUUGUUGAUGUGUAAUAGGCUACCAAGUCUGCCAGGGCUGUUGAUUGUAAUAGGCUACCAAGUCUGCCAGGGUUGUUGAUUGUAAUAGGCUACCAAGUCUGCCAGGACUGUUGAUGUGUAAUAAGCUACCAAGUCUGCCAGGGUUGUUGAUGUGUAAUAGGCUACCAAGUCUGCCAGGGUUGUUGAUGUGUAAUAGGCUACCAAGUCUGCCAGGGCUGUUGAUUGUAAUAGGCUACCAAAUCUGCCAGGGUUGUUGAUUGUAAUAGGCUACCAAGUCUGCCAGGGUUGUUGAUUGUAAUAGGCUACCAAGUCUGCCAGGGUUGUUGAUGUGUAAUAGGCUACCAAGUCUUCAGCUUCCAAGGUUGUUGAUUGUUAUAGGCUACCAAGUCUGCCAGGACUGUUGAUUGUAAUAGGCUACCAAGUCUGCCAGGGUUGUUGAUGUGUAAUAGGCUACCAAGUCUGCCAGGGCUGUUGAUUGUAAUAGGCUACCAAGUCUGCCAGGGUUGUUGAUUGUAAUAGGCUACUAAGUCUGCCAGGGUUGUUGAUUGUAAUAGGCUACCAAGUCUGCCAGGGUUGUUGAUGUGUAAUAGGCUACCAAGUCUGCCAGGGUUGUUGAUUGUAAUAGGCUACCAAGUCUGCCAGGACUGUUGAUGUGUAAUAGGCUACCAAGUCUGCCAAGGCUGUCGAUUGUAAUAUGCUACUAAGUCUGCCAGGGUUGUUGAUGUGUAAAAGGCUACCAAGUCUGCCAGGGUUGUUGAUUGUAAUAGGCUACCAAGUCUGCCAGGGUUGUUGAUUGUAAUAGGCUACCAAGUCUGCCAGGGUUGUUGAUGUGUAAUAGGCUACCAAGUCUGCCAGGGCUGUUGAUUGUAAUAGGCUACCAAGUCUGCCAGGGUUGUUGAUUGUAAUAGGCUACCAAGUCUGCCAGGACUGUUGAUGUGUAAUAAGCUACCAAGUCUGCCAGGGUUGUUGAUGUGUAAUAGGCUACCAAGUCUGCCAGGGUUGUUGAUGUGUAAUAGGCUACCAAGUCUGCCAGGGCUGUUGAUUGUAAUAGGCUACCAAAUCUGCCAGGGUUGUUGAUUGUAAUAGGCUACCAAGUCUGCCAGGGUUGUUGAUUGUAAUAGGCUACCAAGUCUGCCAGGGUUGUUGAUGUGUAAUAGGCUACCAAGUCUUCAGCUUCCAAGGUUGUUGAUUGUUAUAGGCUACCAAGUCUGCCAGGACUGUUGAUUGUAAUAGGCUACCAAGUCUGCCAGGGUUGUUGAUGUGUAAUAGGCUACCAAGUCUGCCAGGGCUGUUGAUUGUAAUAGGCUACCAAGUCUGCCAGGGUUGUUGAUUGUAAUAGGCUACUAAGUCUGCCAGGGUUGUUGAUUGUAAUAGGCUACCAAGUCUGCCAGGGUUGUUGAUGUGUAAUAGGCUACCAAGUCUGCCAGGGUUGUUGAUUGUAAUAGGCUACCAAGUCUGCCAGGGUUGUUGAUGUGUAAUAGGCUACCAAGUCUGCCAGGGUUGUUGAUGUGUAAUAGGCUACCAAGUCUGCCAGGGCUGUUGAUUGUAAUAGGCUACCAAAUCUGCCAGGGUUGUUGAUUGU